AUGGUAGACCUUAUAAAAAGGUCGGAAAACACGACCCUCAUUCUAUUUCACCAAGUUUAUAAAACAAUGGCUAUUUUGUCAACGGAACCGAUUCACAAACUUUACGAAGAUAUAAUUUUCCAGGGGACUCAAAAUAGAGAAAGAACGGAUGUGACAUUGCCACUGGAAAUAGCCGUAUUGAACUUUUUUACAAAUCUUUUCCCGUUGGUUUAUCACCACACGGUUAACCCCACACUGAGAGACUAUUCUGAAAAAUACAAACGAUGUUUGAGAGAGACUAUUUUAGAAAUAAAACCUUUUGGUGACAUACCAAAAGAAUUAGGGGAAAAAAUUGGUAAAGCGUUGAAAGCUGUGAAAGUGUUUUUAGACGCUUUGCAAGUGGGUGCUGACGUCCUCAAUCAAACGGAUUCGCUUUUUGAUUCGAAUACAAACGACAAAUGUCACACGGAACUUCUUAGAAUGUCUUUUUGUCCAAAAUGUAAAAAUAUUUUGGCCAAACCUUGCAUUGGUUAUUGUUUGAACGUGUUUCGCGGAUGUCUGACAAAGUUCUCAACACAAUUAGAUCUUCCCUGGAGCGGUUACGUGGAUUCCCUAAAACAAUUGGUUAUGGGAAACAACAAUGGCGACGAUAAACUCUAUACACAUUUAAUUUCCGAUAUGGAAAACAUUGUUAGAAGUCUCGAUACGAAAAUAUCAGAAGGAAUAAUGAACGCCAUGCUCAACGGUAAACAUUUAGAAGAAAAGGUAAGGUCAUUUAGUGAAAUAUGUUUUUUUUUUUUAUCUUUUAUAAUCAAUUUUCUAUAUAAUUAUUAUAAAAAAAAAAAAUAUUUAUAUAAAUAUAUUAUUGUUUUAGAAUCACAAAAGCAACUCGCCAUUCAAUUAAAACAUUUUUUGUCAAGCAUUGAAAAAACAAAAGAUUUUUAUGCAAAUAUGGCGGAAUCAUUGUGUUCAGAUGAUUCAUUUGCUGAAACGAGGGAUACGGCCGAUUGUUGGAAUGGACAAACUGUCGGAGAGUAUACAAAAGCAGUGGUAGCAGCCAGUGUGAACGCACAAAAAUAUAAUCCCGAAGUAAAAUUUUCAUCUGAUUUCGGUGUGAGUCAUUUAAGUGACAAAUUGAGGAGUAUAAGACAGGCCAUACUUGGGGUUUUAUCGACCCCGCCAGAAAGUGACAUGUAUUUACGAGACGAAGAAGGCAGUGGAUCAGGUUAUCCAACAGAUUCUUCUAAAUACCCGGACGAUGACGAAGAAAUUUUCAAUAACGGAGAAGGCAGUGGUUCGGGUUUUAGCGAUAUCGAAGAAAUUAUUCCAAAUAAUAUUUAUCCUAAUAAAGAAAAACAACCGGCUUCUUCAGCAUCCAUAAUUCAAACAUAUAGAAUUUGGCUUGCAAUUUUACCUUAUUUUAUUGUUCAGAAUUAUUUUAACUGA